AUGCCAAUUCAGGAAUCGAUAGAAAAAAAAAACGUACCUGUGUAUACUGCCGGACGAAGAAGGAAGAAGGAGGCGCCGACAAGGUGGGGCAACUGCGAGGUGGAGAUCGAUGGCAGAGAAGAUGUGACGCGAUGGGUUUCGAUUUCUGGAAGAAGGCUCCACACAUCAGUUUUACAACAAAACUACCGACUCUAUUCUCCUUUCUCCAGACCUUCAUCGGAGAAUCUCCUUUCUUCAGACCUUCAUUGGAGAAGAACUUGCAUAAUGGUAGAUGGUUCACUUUAUGCGCCUCUGCAAGCUAAUCCACCACCAGACGAAAAUGUUACUCCGAUGGCCAACGCCGGAGUGUUAAGCAUAUUCACAUUCUGGUGGCUAAAUCCGUUGAUGAUCAAAGGGAAAAGUCAAGUUCUCGACGAUAAAGACAUCCCAAAGCUACGAAAGGAAGACACAUCAGAAGAAUGUUAUUCCAGUUUCAUGGAGACGCUGGAGAAACGGCGAGCAAAGAGUGUUUCCGGUGGUCAUGGUGAUUCCGAUCCGCCGGUCUUAUCGACGUUGUUCGUUUGGCAACGGAAAGAGCUCGUAAUCACUGGUAUUUUUGCGCUGAUAAAAGUGCUCGCGUUGGCUUCAGGUCCUUUGAUUCUUCGAGCUUUCAUUCAACUUGUUCAAGGGAAUGAAAGUUUCGAGAACGAAGGGUAUUUUCUGACGUUAGGGUUAUUUCUAGCCAAAUGUCUGGAAUCGAUAUCGGAGAGACAACUAAAGUUUCGGAGUAGAGUCAUCGGACUCCAAGUCAAAUCCAUGUUAUGUGCAGCAAUUUAUAAGAAGCAGCUCCAGCUAUCAAACGAUGCUAAAUUGAUUUACUCCUCCGGUCAAAUCAUGAAUUACGCCACCGUUGAUGCUACUAGAAUCGGAGAGGUUCCGUUUUGGUUUCAUAACAUAUGGACAAUCGCUCUUCAGAUCUGUCUAGGGAUUUUCAUAAUCUAUUAUUCAAUCGGAGUAGCAACGAUCGCAGCUUUAUUGGUAAUAAUAUUAACAGUCGUCGUAAACAUUCCGUUGGGGAAAUUACAGCAUAAGUACCUAACGAAACUCAUGGGGGCGCAAGACCGGCGGUUGAAGGCCAUAACAGAGGCGAUUUCAAACAUGAAGGUUCUGAAGUUGUACGCUUGGGAGACACAUUUCCGGGAGGCGGCCGAAGAGUUAAGAAAUGAAGAGAUGAAAUGGUUAUCUGCGGUUAUGAUGCAAAGAGGGGUUUUCAUGCUUAUGUUUUGGUCGUCUCCGGCGAUUGUAGCGGUGGUGACGUUUUGGACCUGUUAUUUGUUGGGAAUCGAGCUUAAUGCGAGUAACGUGUUCACGUUUCUGGCAACGAUUCGGAUCAUUCAGGAGCCGAUUCAGGCUAUUUCUGAUGUUGCAGCUGUGUUUAUUGAAGGAAGGGUUGCGUUGACUCGUGUUGUUGAGUUUUUACAGGCGCCGGAGUUGCAGAAAGACGGGAAGAAUCAUGGAAACAUGGAAGAUCGAGCUGUAGUAAUCAAUUGUGAAUCGAUUUCAUGGAAUGAUGAUUCUUCGAAACCGACACUUACCGAUGUAAAACUUGAAGUUUUGACCGGAAAAAAAGUGGCUAUCUGCGGUGAAGUCGGCUCUGGUAAAUCGACUCUUAUCUCCGCCGUUCUUGGAGAGGUUCCGAAUAUAAAAGGCACAAUUGAAGUGAAUGGGAAGGUGGCAUACGUUUCACAAACGGCAUGGAUCCAAACAGGGACAAUUCGAGACAAUAUAUUGUUCGGAAAUUUGAUGGAUGAGGAGAAGUAUCAAUAUGUAAUAACCAAAUGCUCCCUUGUGAAGGAUAUCGAGAUGUUCUCAUUCGGCGAUCAAACAAUCAUCGGAGAACGAGGCGUAAAUCUUAGUGGUGGACAGAAGCAACGAGUUCAGCUUGCUCGAGCAUUAUAUCAAGAUGCCGAUAUAUACCUCUUGGAUGAUCCAUUCAGCGCGGUUGAUGCACAUACUGCAUCAAGUUUGUUCAAAGAAUUCAUCAUGGAAGCUUUAUCCAGCAAGACGGUGUUACUUGUAACUCACCAAGUCGAUUUCCUGCCUGCUUUUGACGAUAUCCUGUUAAUGGCGGACGGGAAGAUUGUUGAAACAGGAACCUACGAUCAAUUGCUUGAAUCCAGUAAAGAGUUCCAAAACCUUGUAAUUGCACUUAGCGAAAAUUCUGGUUCAGAUAAUCACACAGCCGAUAGCUCUCAACAAAAAUCUGAAUCCCCAAUUCAAGAAAUUGAAAACAUUAAACCGAUAAAAGAGAUAGAACCGUCGGUAGGGGAACAACUGAUUAAGAAAGAAGAACGAGAAUCAGGGGACACAGGUUUAAGACCAUACAAACAGUAUCUUACUCAGAGCAAUGGAGUCUUCUUCUUCUCUUUAUCGGUUUUAUUACAUUUGCUCUACAUAAUCGGACAGUUCUCACAGAAUUUGUGGUUGGCUAAGGAAGUGCAGAAUUUAACAGUAAAUACAUCAAUUGCAAUGUUUAACAAGUUGAUUACAUGUCUAUACCGAGCACCAAUGUCCUUCUAUGACUCAACACCUGUGGGAAGGAUCAUUAGCAGGGUGUCCUCGGAUCUCAGCAUUGUGGAUCUUGAAUUGGCAACAAAGCUUACGUUUACCGUAGGCACAACGAUGAACACAUACUUUAGCCUUGGAAUCUUGGCAGUCCUAACUUGGCCUAUUUUGGUCAUUAUCAUUCCAACGGUUUAUGUUACCAUACUUCUGCAGAAAUUCUACUACGCAUCUGCAAAUGAGUUGAUGCGAUUAGAUGGCACAAGUAAGUCAUUAGUCACUAGCCAUCUUGCACAAUCCAUUGCUGGAGUGGUUACCAUUAGAGCUUUUGGCGAAGAAGAACGUUUCUUUGUAGAACAUCUGAACCUUAUUGACAACAAUGCAAGUCCAUUUUUUCAUAGUUUUUCAGCAAACGAAUGGUUGAUCCAACGUCUAGAAAUGCUAUGUGCUCUUGUUGUUGCUAGCUUUGCACUAGCCAUAACUUUGCUUCCCUUUCAAGCGUCUGACUCAGGACUCAUUGGAAUGGCUCUCUCCUAUGGGCUCUCAUUGAAUGUUUUUGUUGUUCUUUCCGUCCAAUUCCAAUGUCAGCUAUCGAAUUUGAUAGUUUCGGUUGAAAGACUAGAGCAAUAUAUGCAUAUCCCUAGUGAAGCCCCGGAAAUCAUAGAAGACAACCGACCCCCAAGCAAUUGGCCAAGUUCUGGUAGAGUCGAUAUCCAAAACCUAAAAAUAAGAUAUCAACCGAAUUCCCCAUUGGUUCUUCAAGGAAUCAAUUGUGUAUUUGAAGGAGGAAACAAAAUUGGAAUUGUUGGAAGGACAGGGAGUGGAAAAACAACUUUAAUCAGUGCUUUGUUUCGCCUAGUUGAACCUACAGAGGGAAGAAUCAUUAUAGAUGAAUUAGAUAUUACUACAAUUGGACUCCAUGACCUUCGAUCAAAUUUUGGUAUUAUUCCACAAGAACCGACUUUAUUUAAUGGAUCCAUUCGAUAUAAUCUUGAUCCUCUUGGAGAACACAGUGAUCAAGAACUAUGGCAGGUUCUUGAAAAAUGCCAACUUCGCGAUGCUAUUCAAGACAAAAAAGAUGGGCUGGACUCGUUGGUUGUGCAAGAUGGAUCGAAUUGGAGUUUGGGACAACGACAAUUGUUCUGUUUAGGAAGAGCUCUUUUGAAAAGGCGAAAGAUACUUGUACUUGAUGAAGCCACAGCUUCAAUCGAUAAUGCUACUGAUACAAUUAUUCAGAAAACUAUUCGGGAAGAAUUCCAAGAUUGCACAGUUAUAACAGUUGCACACAGAAUCCCAACUGUUAUUGACUGCUCAAUGGUACUUGUUAUGAAGGAUGGAAAGGUGAUGGAGUAUGAUGAACCCUCGAAAUUGAUGAACCAACCAGAUUCUUUAUUUGCACAGCUUGUUAAUGAAUAUUGGUCACAACAUAAAACCUCAUGAUCGGAUUAUUAGGUAAGAUCAGAUUGCUACAUUAAUAAUAAUAACGAGAUUAGUUUGCGAUCAUCAUUGUGAAAUUGAGAGUUAUCACCAUGUAAUUUACAUUUCAUUUCUGUAAAUCUCGUGCUUCUUCAUUCUCAACGAAUAGGGGUUGUCUGAUUUUUGCUGAAAUUUUUGAUUUUGGUUUAGAAACUUGAUUUCAUUAUGAUUUUAGGGUUUGAAAUCAUUGAAAUCAUAAAUAAUAAGGAGUUGUUUCUGUUUCGAUUGUGAGAUUAUUUUUGUGGGAUUUAGAAUCUAUGAAAGGAUCUGGAAUUGUAAUUUACAGUCUGUUGUGUGUUUGGUUGGAUCGAUUUACAAUGGGAUUGAAAUCUAUUCUAC